UUGAUGGCUCGUAUUAAUUGAAUGAUAAUCAUUGGUGUUCUGGUUUGAACUUUGAGGAGAACCACCGUAUUAAACCAACACCGCACUUCCCAAGAGAAGAAGAAAGACACAGAUGGAAGGCAUAGUGCACAGAAGAGUGCAAGUGAAUGGCAUCAAAAUGCACGUAGCAGAGAAAGGAGAAGGCCCUGUGGUGUUGUUCUUGCAUGGCUUCCCUGAGCUCUGGUACUCAUGGCGCCACCAGAUCCUCGCUCUCAGUUCCCUAGGAUACCGUGCCGUGGCUCCAGAUCUGCGUGGCUACGGUGACACGGAGGCACCACCUUCGAUCAGUAGCUACACCUGCUUUCACAUAGUGGGUGACUUGGUUGCGCUUAUUGACUCUUUGGGUGUGGAGCAAGUGUUCCUUGUGGCUCAUGACUGGGGUGCCGUCAUCGGCUGGUAUCUCUGCAUGUUUCGUCCUGAGAAAGUGAAGGCCUAUGUCUGCCUCAGUGUUCCUCUCCUCCACCGAGACGCCAACGUCAGAACGGUAGAUGGCAUGCGUGCUAUGCAUGGAGAUGACUACUAUGUCUGCAGAUUUCAGAAACCUGGCGAAAUAGAGGCUCAGAUGGCUCAAGUUGGCACUGAGUAUGUCCUAAAAAACAUCCUCACAACUCGCAAACCUGGACCUCCAAUAUUUCCCAAGGGAGAAUACGGAACAGGAUUCAAUCCUGAUAUGACUGAUGCGUUACCCUCUUGGCUCACACAACAUGAUCUUGCUUAUUAUGUCUCCAAAUAUGAGAAAACUGGCUUCAUUGGAGGCUUGAACUACUACAGAAAUUUGAACUCAAAUUGGGAGCUGACAGCACCAUGGAGCGGUGUGCAAAUAAAGGUGCCGGUAAAAUUCAUAACAGGUGAGUUGGACAUGGUAUACACAUCGCCAGGCACGAAGGAGUAUAUUCAUGGUGGAGGUUUCAAGCAAGAUGUGCCCAAUUUGAAAGAAGUGAUUGUGCAGAAAGGAGUAGCUCAUUUCAACAACCAAGAAGUAGCUGAGGAAAUCAAUACUCACAUUUAUGAUUUUAUCAACAAGUUUUGAUUUGAUCCAAAAAUGGUGGCAGGACCGUGUGGAAAUAAAACUGUAAGGGCCGUAUCGUUGAAGUUGCAUUUAUUUUAUGAAAAAUAAGUGUAUGAAAUGACCCGAUUCAAACUUUGCUGCUUGCGUGUAGUACUAAAUGAUGAAAAAACACAUGUUUCUGUGAAAUAAAAAAGGUUUGUGAGUGUAAUUAAUUUUUAUAUACACCCGUAAACUUGGGCUAUUGCUCCGGUA